UUUCAAUCCUCGCGGGCUACUUGAACUGAGAGAAAGUACUGUUUCUGUGUAAGUGGAUCGAGGCUAGCAGCUCCCCUUGUUUGCAGCACACGACAGCUGCUGGAAACUAGUAAGCAAGACGCAGGGAAUAUGUCAGGAGCUAACAGAGGACAGGCAAGCGCGGCUAGCGAGUAUCACAACCAGGAAAAUAUGCUGUCAAGACUCAGGGGCUCACUGAAACCCCGAGCUGCUGCAAACGAAAACCAAGAAAACCUUCCACCGAAACAAGCUGCCAACAGGACCGUCUUAGGAGCCCUGCAGAACAACCAGCGGAGCAAAACCCAGAACCAGCGCGCCACAAAGCAGGAGUCAUCACAGCCCUUGUCUUGUAAAGAAGAUUUUGGCAAAACUUGCUAUGAGAAGCCCUCCACCAAACAGCCAUCUUUCCAGAUCCAUGUGGAUGAGCCUGAUGGCGCCUGCACCAAGAAACCACAGCAGGUGGUCGAAGCUGUCAAAGCAAAGUCCAUCGCUGAAGACUCUUCACUGACCAUCAACAAUGCUGUGGCACAGCUCAGACAGCCCCUCGCCACCAUUGACAUUCCAUCAGCGAUGGAUGUCAGCUUUGACUCUCCAAUGGACAUGUCUGUGGUUGAGGGGGAGGAGAAACCUGUCAAUGUAAAUGAAGUCCCAGAAUAUGCUGCUGAAAUCCACACGUACCUGAGGGAAAUGGAGGUAAAAACCAGGCCGAAAGCAGGCUACAUGAAAAAGCAGCCGGACAUCACCAACAGCAUGAGAGCCAUCCUGGUGGACUGGCUGGUCGAGGUUGGAGAAGAGUACAAGCUCCAGAACGAGACACUUUAUCUGGCCGUAAACUACAUUGAUCGCUUCCUCUCAUCGAUGUCUGUCCUGAGGGGGAAGCUUCAGCUCGUCGGGACCGCAGCUAUGCUUCUGGCUUCGAAAUUUGAAGAAAUCUACCCCCCAGAGGUGGCAGAGUUCGUUUACAUCACAGAUGACACUUACACAAAGAAGCAAGUGUUAAGAAUGGAGCAUCUGGUGCUCAAAGUGCUCUCCUUUGAUCUGGCAGCACCAACCAUCAACCAGUUUCUCACACAGUACUUCCUCCAUCAGUCUGUUAACAAACAGGUGGAGAGCUUGGCAAUGUACCUUGGGGAGCUCAGUCUGGUUGAUUCAGAUCCCUUCUUGAAGUACCUACCAUCGCAGACGGCUGCAGCAGCCUACAUUCUAGCCAACAACACAGUCACUGGUGGCUCAUGGCCUAAGUCCUUGACAGAGAUGACUGACUACUCCCUGGAGGCUCUGAUGCCGUGUGUUGAGGAUCUGCACCGAACAUACCUCAAUGCUGCUCAGCAUGCCCAGCAGUCUGUCCAGGAAAAGUACAAGGGCCCCAAGUACCUUAAAGUUUCCUGCCUCGGCGCUCCAACUAAACUGCUGCUGAACUGACUCCUUCCUUCUCCCUUGUCCAUGUAGCGUUGUACUGUCAGUUUUUUUUUUAUUUUUUUUUUUUUUUAUAAAUAUAAAAAUGAUGAGUGCAACAUGUUUCAAAUAACAUGGCCUGCUCUUCUUGGAGUAGUGCUAGGUGUUUAGUUUUUUUUUAAUAUAAAUAUUUUUAUAUACUCAAUCCUGACAUUCAUGCCAGAUGCUACAGUUGUUGGUUAAUCAAGCUGUUUUAAUGUUUUGACUUUUAAUCAGACAAAAUGUAGAGGUUUUUAUCGCCACUCUGUAAACAUGAUGCUUUGAUCUGCAGUGUCUCUUCAACUCUACUAGACCUGUAAUAUGUACUCAAACCCAGAAAACCUUAAUUCUGGCUUUCACUUGAAGGGUUGAGUUUGUUCUAAGCAGUUAUUGUUGAGAUGCAGAUUAAAGUGUUUGUCUGUCAU